AGUCAAAACUCGAUUAAAUAUUAUAAUAUUAUAAUUAAUUUAUAUUGAAUUUUUUGAAGUUACGAGUUUAAUUAGUAAAGGCCCUUGUACCUGAAUUAUCAUGGCAAAAUCCUGCCUGAUAUGAUGGGUCGUUACUCGAGCAACACAAAACCGUGUGAGUACGAGAGCAGUCCCCACAAGUAACGAACAACGACCCUUUGCUUCCUCCGUCCUCUUUCUCUCUUAUUGUCCUUUCCGUUUUCCUUCUUCUUUUCUUCUUCGUUUCUACUUGAUGCAUGUAACUUUCAACUAAAUGACCUCUCUCAGCUCCCCUUCUUUCUCACCCUUUAAAUGCCUUCCUAAAUUCAUCUCCCCUCGCCUCUCCUUCCCCAACCGACGCCGUUCUCGCCGCGCCAAAAGAACCCGCCGCAACCCCCUCUCCAACCACGAACAUAACAACAAUCCUUUCAUUAAGCCUCUAGCAGACUUCGAAAACAUUAAUUUAGUCCUAGACUUUCACCAGAUUUCAGUCCUUUCAUCCUCCUCCAAAUCCCGCCUCCACCGCUUCCUCUCCUCUGCCGAAGAGGCUUACCACGAUCUCAAAACUAUUGUAACCCUAGAUGAUAAUGGCAGGAUCGUCGUCUCCUGCCGCAUGUCUUCGCUUCAGCUCGUGGGCGGGUUCUUGCUCUCUGGGUUUGUCUUGGUGGCCUUUUUUAGGGUUUUGAUUAAGCUUGGGUUAGGGUUUAGGGAUAGGCUUUGGGUUGGUCAGCCACGUGUUGUGGUUAGAAGAGAUAGGAGUCUUGGAGGGAGAGAAGUGGUGGUUGGGACUGAAAAAAAUGUGAGGAGUUAUAGUAAGCCUCUGGAGAACCCAUUGUCACCGGGUCGAGUGGAAGAAUAUGGAGUUCCGGGUCGGGUAAGGAAAGGUUUCCGGGUUCGAAAGGAGGAGAGGUUACCCAAUUGGUGGCCAGCAAUUGUGGCGGCGGAACAGACAUUGGUUGUGGACAAAGAGGAGUAUCAGAGAGAGGCGAACAGAUUGAUUCGAGCUAUCAUCGACCAUAGAACGCAUGGACAGGACAUUAUGGAGGAUGAUAUAAUUCAAUUACGUCGACUAUGCAGGGCAUCUGGAGUACGGGUCUCCAUUGACACAAUAAAUACACGAGAUUCCUUAUACCGCACUUCUAUUGAUUUCGUUCUAAACGUGUGUAGCCGGGAGGUUGGUGAACCUACCUCUGUUUAUGUAGAUGGUGAAGAUGCCCGACAAUUCGUCGCUGGUCUUGCUGAUAACAUUGGGCUUGAAAACUCUCGUGCGGCAAGGAUGGUGUCUGCGGCUGUUGCUGCACUCACACGUUCAUGUUUGUUGCAGGCAUGGGCUUUGGAAAUGCAGGGAAACCAUUUUGAAGCAGUGUCGGAGCUGUCAAAGAUAUGUCAUAUUCUUCGUAUUUUUCCUCCUAAAGAGUCCUCUCCUGAGAUGGAGAUGGUGGCACGAGGCCUGGAGAAACUCUUGAAAGUGGAGCAGAGGGAAUAUUUAAUGAAUAUGCUUGUUGGAAUUUGCAGUGAAGAGAGUCAUAGAACAGCGGCAGAAGCUUUGGGCUUGGUACUCUCUCCUGAAGGGCAUGGUGAUCAGCAUGAAAAAAACAUACAUGAAAAUUAAAUUCUUAUGGAUACAGUUUAUUUUUGUAUAUUGCUGCUUUUUCUUUGCAGUUAAUUGUGUACCUUAGACAGUUUAAUAAUCUCAUAAAUUAUUCCAAAUACUAAAUGCAAUAAUAAAAUCUUAUAAUUUCAAUUA